AUGGAUGUUCAAGGCAAUGCCCAGGCCGAGAGGGUGCGCAAGCGUCGCCGCCGCACAAUGGCCUGCACCCAAUGUCGCACGCGUAAAUUGCGAUGCGAUCGCGAGUAUCCCACUUGCAGCCGGUGUCAGAAGAGCAGAACUCCGAGCAAAUGCACAUAUGAGGAUGGCUUUUUAUGGCAGCAGCCUACCACUGUCUCUACUACUACAUUUGCAUCUGACCGAAGCUCCGCUGUACCAUUGCCCAGAAUUGACCAUACACCAGUUGGCACGCCCUCAGACUCGGGGAUAGCCACGGGGUCAACUCGGACAGAGCCUUUCCAAAUGAGUGAGCCUCGCCUAACAAUGGCCGGGGGUCCAAUGCAUCAUGAUUAUCAUGGGCUUGCGGGGAAUGCUCUUGCGCCGCCCUAUAGAGGCCGACCACAUGAUAGAGAGCGAAAGGACUGUUUCUUGGAAACUGUUCUCGGUGCUCCUAAAGCGGCUGUUAACCAGGAGCCGUAUGUGAACGCGGACCUUUUACAGCGACCCAAGCGCCCGGCGCCGGCGCCGGAGCAACGUUCACAAGUACCGUCGCAGGUCGACGAUGAGCAUUGUGACGAUGAAGAGGAACCGUUGUCACCCGCGGACCAGCUUGGGAUUUCUCCACGAAUCAUGAUGAGAGGCCAUGAGACAAAAACGCGCUUCAGCGGAUCAGGCAUCUUUGCCAAUCUUGUAGCACAGUUUCCGGACAUUAGAUCUUUUGCCGAGGAGAUCAAGCACUCUACUCCCGUACUUACAAAUCUUCAACCUGAUCUAAGAAGGGUUAAGCGCGGGCUAUUCAAGCAUAAGGUGCUCAGUCAAACCAUCCCUGAUCCUACGACGGCCUCACUUAUUAGCAUGCUACCCUCGCGCGGUGUUGUUGAUGAGCUGGUUGGCUUGUAUUUGACAUAUGUGGAAUCGACGCACCGGAUCCUUCAUGUUCCAUCCUUCUUACGAGAACUUGACCAAUUUUGGGCGAUGCGUGGCAGCCCAGACUCCAUCUCUGCUGCCUUUGCAGCUCAGGUGCUGCUUGUUCUUGCCUGUGCCUGGAACUUUGCGGACUUUGCUAGUCUGCAGUCAAAAAGCAUUGGCGAGCUCAAGUGCCAGACUGCAAUUGAGUGGACCAUGCAUGCAGGCAAGUGGAUUGAGAACCUCCACACCAAGCGUCCAGAAAUCACAUCAUUGCGACUCUCUAUCCUGUUGAUCUUAGCGCACAACUCGCACGGAAUGAAACGCAGCCAAGCUUGGCUUUCCACGAGUAAUUUGGUCAAGCAAGCCAUGAUGGCAGGGUACCAUCGCGACCCAAGCCGGUAUGCGCGCAUAUCCACGUUCAACAAAGAGAUGCGGCGGCGGAUAUGGAUAACCAUAGUGGAAUUGGAUCUUCAAGUUGCCCUGGACCGCGGAAUGCCGCCAUCGGUACAGAGUUUUGAUUAUGACGCGUCUCCGGGGUCCAACAUCUACGACGACGAGAUCCACGAGAAUUCCACUGACGUACCCGAAAACCGACCACUGGGGGAAGUUACCGACUCGUCGUUCCAGUCUGUUCUGAGUCGCUCGCUACCCCUCCGCCUACAAGCAUGUUCUCUGAUGCACUCUCCACAAAUCACUUGUCGAUAUGAGGAUAUUCAGCGUUUAGACGGGGAGCUCAGCCGGCACCUUUCUUGGAUUCCUGCUUGGGUGACCCCAGAUCCCAGCAACGUCGCCAGCGAACAGAAGGUCAUUCUGUGGAAAUCUUUGAUUGAGACCAAGAUUUCCCAAUCUCUAUUGUCCAUACACACCCCCUUUGCCAUCGAAGCACGGCGAGAAGCACUCUUUGCUCCCUCCGCACGUUCUCGUAUGGAUUCAGCGAUCAGGAUAUUGUCAAUUCAGCGACAAGUCCGCGAGAUUUCGCGACCACUAUCGCUGUGUAUGCUUGGGGAAUGGACUCUGCAUGCCUACAUAACCAUCUGCCAGUUGCUACACACCACAAAAUCGAAUACGACACGUGCGCCCUGCCAUCCUGUCUCAUCUACUUUCCUUCUCCAUAAUAUACCCGGUAUCCCCGAAUCGCUCUUAUCACUCGUGGAGACAGCCCUGGUCGCGCUCGAGGAACGCUCUCUCUUGUUCACCAAGGGUGCGAAGGACUAUUAUUUCCUCUCGACAAUCGUCGCAUUAGUCAAGGCCCGACUCUGGCCAGAUCAGGCAAUCGUGUACAAACAGCAGGUUGUCGAGCGAAUUCUGUCCUUUGCACAGGUGCUUUUCUCACGGCAUGCAAACUGCGAUCAUCUCGACGAGCGGGGGCUCGGUGAUUUUAAGUCCAACCAACUGGCUAUAUUCAAGGCGGUUCCCGCAAUGAUUCCUCAGCCCAUUGAAUUUGAUCGCAAUGGGAUGCUCCCGCCGCCCCAGCCCGGUGCGACACAGGUUCAAGAGUUCGAUCCUUUCUUGGAAAUCUUCAAUUGGGAAGAUUUGACAAGCGUGACAUUUCCCUGCUGA